AAUCGGACCGAAAUAUUUGUUGUUUUAGAAAUGGCGCAUUCCAUUUCAGUGGAUGAAAGAACCAAAGCCUUAUUCAAAGGUUGUUCGACUGAAGAGAUCUUGAGAAGAGCUCAACAAGUGAAAGAAGAGGCCAUCAACAAGAAGGGUAUUUGCUAUGGUUGUAUCUCACAACUGUACUUUUUGGAAACCCAUUUGUACAAAAAUCCUUUUUACGAAGAAUAUUUGCAACAACACGGCGGUUUGAAGGAUAAAAAAGUUGUAGACGUUGGUUGCUGCUUGGGAUUGGAUACUCGACAGAUGCUUUUAGAUGGGUUGGAAUACCAAAACCUAGCUGCCUUUGAUGUGUCGAAAGAUUUUAUAUCGUUGGGUUUCCAACUGUUUGAAGAAACUGGAUCAGAGUUGGCUUCAAGAUUUUUUGCAAAGAGUGUUUUGGAUACCGACUUGGCAACUUUUAUCCAAGAAAGGUAUCAUCUAAUUCCCUGCGACCUCGUUCUGGUGAAUUCUGUUUUGCAUUCCUUUGAUGAAGCGCUAGCAAAAGUAGCUGUUGAAAACGUUGCUUCUCUCUUAAAGGCCGAUGGAUGCUUGUUGGGUUAUGUUCCUACGAAAACAGAUAAUCCUGGUCAGUCUUCUGCUGGAGAAAAUGGUUAUCGAUUUUAUCAUACAGAGUCUAGUCUUCAAAAGCUUUUGGAAAAGAAUGGCUUUGAAAAUAUCAAAGUAAAUACAAUUCCCAUAGAAGAAAUGUUUCCUUCCUUUCAUCCGACACAAGAGACAGGAAUGGAAGGCCGAAUAGACGUAACCUUCUUUAAAGCCAACAAGAAGAAGACCAAAUGAAGUUGCUCUGUUGUUGCUUGGGUAUUUCGUUUCUCAGGUAGUUGACUUUUCACUAAAAAACCUUUGUUCUUUUGAAACGAUAUGAAAAAUAAAAAGAACCUUUUAGAA